AUAUCCCACCUUUUUUCAAUUUAGGAAUCAUGGUUUUAAAUAAUUAUUUAGCCGAAAAAGACAAGAUAAAGUCAUUUUUGACUAAUUUUUAUAUUGACCAUGAAGAAAUCAAACAAUUCAAAUAUGCCACUCAAUUAACAAAAAUUGCUCAUAGAGAGCAGAUUGCUGUAAAAGUUGACAUUGAGGAUGUUUUGAGCUAUGAUGAGGAGCUAAGUAGCAAUAUAAUUAAUAAUGCCAAAAGAUAUGUAAACUUAUUUGGAGAAUCUAUAGCCGAAUUACUUCCUACUUACAAACUCUAUGAACCAGAAAUCAAAGAUACUCUUGAUGUGUAUAUACAUCACAGACUUUUAUUGCAACAAAGACAUCAGCUUGACAAUGAAGGAAAUGUUUUGUCAGAAGAAGAUUUAAAAAAGAAAUAUCCACAAGAAUUAAUAAGAAGAUUUGAAGUUUAUUUUGAUCAAUAUGGUGGUUCAAACAAAGAAAACAUUAAAGCAUUGAGGGAAAUUAAAGCAACUCAGAUUGGUAAACUUAUAUCAGUUACUGGCAUAGUUGUGAGAAGUACUGAAGUUAAACCUCUAAUCCAAGUUGCAACACACACCUGUGAUCUAUGUGGGGCUGAGACUUAUCAACCUGUUGGUGCAUCUCAAUUUAUUCCCUUGUUGAUGUGCCCUAGUGAAAUUUGCCAAACUAAUAAAUCUGGUGGUAGAUUAUCAUUACAAACAAGGGGCAGUAAAUUUGUAAAGUUUCAAGAGUUGAAGAUACAAGAACAUAGUGAACAAGUUCCUAUUGGGAAUAUUCCCAGAUGGAUGUCUGUUUUAGUCAAGGGUGAGGUAUGUAGGACAGCUCAGACAGGGGAUCACAUACAUUUAACAGGGGUUUAUUUACCUUCUGCCCUCUCCACUUCAGCAAAUUAUUUUGCAGCUCAUAACAAUAGAACAUCUAUCCUUUCGUCAGACACAUAUAUUGAGGCUCAUCAUAUAAUUAAGAUGAACAAUAAUUAUUAUUGUGAGGAUGAAGAUAACGAAUCAAAUCGGGAAUCCUUUAUGCAAGAGAUAGAAAUUAUCAAAAAUAAAUACGAAUCUGAUUUUUAUGACAAAUUGGCUCUCAGCAUAGCUCCAGAGAUAUACGGGUUUUUGGACAUCAAAAAGGCUCUCCUUUUACUUUUAGUAGGCGGCGUUGAAAAAUUUACAGAGGGAAUGAAAAUUAGAGGAUCUAUCAACAUUUGUUUAAUGGGCGAUCCAGGUGUAGCUAAAAGUCAAUUGCUCUCUUAUAUAGAUAGAUUAGCACCUAGAAGUCAAUAUACCACCGGGAGAGGCUCUUCAGGAGUAGGCUUAACAGCAGCUAUUCUUAAGGAUCCUGUCACGGGCGAAAUAACGUUGGAAGGUGGCUCUUUAGUUCUAGCAGAUAGAGGGGUUUGUUGUAUCGAUGAAUUUGAUAAAAUGGCUGAAACGGAUAGGAUAGCCAUCCAUGAGGUCAUGGAGCAACAGACUAUAUCUAUCGCUAAAGCUGGUAUAAUGACCACUCUGAAUGCCAGAACAUCUAUUUUAGCAGCCGCUAAUCCGAUAUAUGGAAGGUAUAAUCCGCUCAAAUCGAUUCAGCACAACAUCCAGUUACCAGCGGCUCUUUUGUCUCGUUUUGAUAUAUUGUGGCUUAUCAGAGAUAUGGCCGAUAACGAUAAUGAUUUAAAACUAGCUCAACACAUUACCCAUGUGCACCGGUAUGGUGCAGAGCCAGAGCUUGUGUUUAAGCCUUUGACUAUGGAUUUCAUCAGACGUUAUAUAAUUCUAUGUCAAACCAAAAACCCUACCAUACCAGCUUCAUUGUCAGAAUUUAUUACGGCAGCUUAUGUGGAUUUGAGAAGGCAUGCUAGAAACAAUAGUGAUACGAGCACCUUCACAUCUGCCAGAACACUUUUGGCUAUACUUAGGAUGGCCACAGCUCUGGCAAGACUGAGGCUGGGUGAUCAGGUUAUGAAGGAAGAUGUUAUAGAAGCUUUACGGCUUAUUGAAAAAUCGAAAGCUUCCUUAAACACUAAUCAGAUACAAAGCAGACACCAUUCAAUCAAGAGCCAAAUAUUCGAUACAAUUGUAAGUAUGUUACCUUCCAGAAGUGACCACGAUGUUGAAAGCACAAGUAGUGCAGAUAAAAUGGUGAGAUAUCAACGUAUAUUAGAUGAAUGCUUGUCAAAAGGAUUCACACAAGAUCAGAUCGAGGAGGUCUUGGAAGAUUAUACGGAAAUGAAUGUUUGGCAAAUUGAUGAAAAUAAAACUCAAUUAAUAUUUGUCAAUUAAAUUUAAUAUAAUUAUUGUAAUAAUAUUACCAUCUAUUUUAGUGAUAUAAAUAAUUAAUAUUCAUAAAGAUUUUCUA